AUGGCCGGGAGAUCCGCACCCACCUUGCCUCCGCUCAACAACCACACACCCACUCCGCAUCCCAAUCCACUAGCUCCGGCCUCGCCCCCUCACCCGCGUGUUCCCCUCACCCGCCUCGUUCGCCCCUACCACACCAUCAACGUGCCUCCCCUCCUCCCUUGUCCUCCCCAUGCCCGCCACUCCCUUGUCCUCCAGCACAUAAUGGAGGGAGCAGCAGCUGUGGAGACGGCGGCAGCGGCCAACGGAAAGGCGUGCUGCCACGCCGCCAAGGGGCCCGGGUACGCCACGCCGCUGGAGGCCAUGGAGAAGGGCCCCAGGGAGAAGCUCGUCUACGUCACCUGCGUCUACAACGGCACCGGAAUUAACAAACCGGAUUACCUUGCGACGGUGGAUUUGGAUCCCAGCUCUCCUACAUACUCCCAGGUGAUCCACAGGCUCCCGGUCAUCCACAUCGGCGACGAGCUGCAUCACUCGGGCUGGAACUCCUGCAGCUCCUGCCACGGCGACCCAUCGGCCAAGCGCCGCUUCCUGAUCCUGCCUUCGUUGCUGUCAGACCGUGUGUAUGUCGUCGACACAGCGACAGAUCCAAGGGCGCCAUCCUUGCAUAAGGUGGUUGAGUCCGAGGACAUUGCUGAGAAUACUGGGCUUGGGUUCCCUCACACGUCUCAUUGCCUUGCUUCUGGCGACAUUAUGAUUUCUUGCCUUGGGGACAAGGAGGGGAAUGCAGCUGGCAAUGGCUUCCUGCUGUUGGAUUCAGAGUUUAAUGUCAAAGGACGUUUCUUCGAAUCAGUUGAGGACAUUCAAGCUUCUGAGUAG